AUCUUCUCUAGGACAGAUUUUGCUGGCUGUUUUUCAUGGAGAAAGUCCAAGGAGAAAUGGAGAUUGAGAGAUGGGAAAGAAGCGAAGAGCUGUCAGAUGCCGAAAGGAAGGUGAUUCAAGAGACGUGGAGCAGAGUCUAUGUGAACUGCGAGGAUGUUGGGGUCUCCGUUCUGAUCAGGUUUUUUGUCAACUUCCCAUCUGCCAAGCAGUACUUCAGCCAAUUCAAGCACAUGGAAGAUCCACUAGAGAUGGAAAGGAGCCUGCAGCUGCGUAAACAUGCCGGGAGGGUCAUGGGGGCUAUUAAUAGUGUGGUGGAAAACAUAUACGAUUCGGAAAAGGUCUCCUCUGUGCUAGCUCUGGUGGGCAAGGCACAUGCUGUCAAGCACAAAGUCGACCCUGUCUACUUUAAGAUUCUGACUGGCGUCAUACUGGAAGUGCUUGCAGAACAAUACACCAAUGAGUUCAGUGUUCCAGAGGUUCAGAGAGCCUGGGCCAAGAUGAGGAGCCUCAUCUACACUCAUGUGACGGCUGCAUACAAGGAGGAACCCCCAGGUGACAGUGGUGGCAGCAGCAGCUGGAGCAGCAGCAAAGUGGCAGAACCCCUCCCACAGACCUGAAAUGCCGUCUCUCAGAAGACUAAAUUGGCACCGGAACAGGAUAGCACCCAAGAGAACUACAUCUGUCUCCUUUAAUUAUCCCGUGUACAUAUUAGUCAGUGGAAAUGCUUUAUAAUUUCUAUAGCUAAGGCCAGCUAAGCUAUAGAAAAACCAGGUGUGCAUAAACACUCUCCCUGAAGUUAGCCAGGCAAAUUAAAAUCAUGUACACUGUGACGGGGGGAGGGAAUGUAUUGAAUUUCCCCAGAGGGAAAAAUAUAUAUAUAUAGAUCAUGACUGUUAUGAUUCAUCCGCAUUGAUAACUCUGGAGACUUACCAUUUUUGUCUGUCUUGAAGAGGACUUUUCAUCAAAUGGCACUGAAUUGAUACGUUUCCAUCUUUUGUACUAAGGUGAGAAUGUUCAAGUUCUAGUAUUUGAAUUCUGCAAGUACUUUUGUGCCCGUAUAUCACUGAUAAGUCCAUGUCCUUGUUUCCCCCCCCCUCAAAAAACCCACUAGUGAUGUGUGCAUAAGUGCUUGCAGGAUCUCAUAUCCGCAUGAUACAUUCAGACCAUGUCCUUAAAAGGACAUUUGAUCUCAAUACAUUUAGUCUAGAUUUCAAAAUCUGCACCGUGGGUGGGACGAGGCUUAGUCUUGUCUUGUCAUUUUACGCUUUUCUCUACUGCUAACUCCUCUGGACUGGAGUUUCUCUGGAAUUAUAUGAAUUGUGUUUGCAGUCCUCACUGUUUUGUUCUUAGUUUUGUAUUCCAUUACAAUGUUUCUUUCCCCUUUUACAAAACUUUAGAAGUCUUGAGAUUGUAGAAGAUUUAGCCAAAGCUUGAAUACCUAAAACACCUGAAACCAAAAAAAAUAUAUAUGAUGUAUUAAAAGAACAAAUCAAUAUAUUAAUUUUUAGCUGUUUCAUGAUGCCUAAGAUAUUCUCUGUGUGAGUUGAGUUGAAUCAUUUCAUCCAGUCCUGUAUAUGUUGGCUUUCUGAGGUCUUAUUGGGCUACUUACAAUAAGUGGACAUGGAAGUACAUUCUUUGUUAGAUCUUGCCCCCUGUGAGCAAUUAUAACAGAAUAAAUCCCUUGUAAGUGAAUGAGGUUUAUGCAGGUCUAACUGUACAUAGGACUGUGCUGUGGAGUUGGCAAUACUGUGCCCAGAUAAGUUUGAGGUAACAAUCAUUUUUUAAUCACUUUCCUUCCAAUUCCAAUACUUAGAUUUGAAAGGAUUUCUCCUAGGAUUUUUGUGUUCCUACAACCACCAAUGAACUCCAGCAAGUAGCACUGCCACCUAAAUAGAAAGGAAAAAUCUGACUGUUGGCUGACUUGGCUGUUCAUUUAAUAGAGAACAGAUUUGGAAUCCUUCAUGACAUAGAAUCAGCCAAUCUGCCAUUAAAGAAUCUAGACUGGUUACAAAAUUUGACAGUUCUAAUGUUUAUAUGUACACAUUUUUUUUCCUGCUAAAAGACAUACCAUGGACACUACUACUACUACUACUAAAUUCCACCAUCACCAUUCUUCAAAAAAUAUGACCUUAAAUUCUGAAAGUCAUUACAGUAAAACCAUGAUCCCAUGUCACAAACUAAAUGUAUUUUGAAAUUCAUUUUCAAAGCAGGAUGACAUUUUUGAAAGGAAAAUACAUACUACACAUUAAUUAAUUUAUCCUUGAAGCAAUACAUCCAUCCUUAAAAAUUUGCAGCUAUAUAUUAUUUCAAUCCAUAACAAUUUGUUCUCUCUCUCUCUCUCUCCCUCUCUCUCUCUCUCUCUCACACACACACACACACACACAUGAUGGUGAGAAAAUCUUGACUGUUAUGCUGUAUACACAGACUAAAUUACUUUAGUCAAAACUGUGUGUAGUCAAAACAUAAACAGUUUUGAGUAAAAUAAUUUUAUUAUAAAUGAAAAAGGAACAGCAACACAAGAAUGCAAAAGAAAAGCAAAAAAACACGGCAUAACCUUGCCUAUAGCAAGCUGGUGAUGGAAAUGUAAAAUGAGCUGAAAAACUCAGAGCUUGUGCAGGUCAAAGGCAAAGUUAGAGUAGAAUAGCCUUGGCCAGCCAGGGCCCUACCAAUGCGCUGGAUUACAAUUCCCCUUGGCUACGCUGGCGGAGGUGAUCAGAGUUGUUGUUUAGCACAGCUGGAGGGUACCUGGCUGUGACAGUACUUAUAGUUCUUUACUGACUCUCAUUCAGUUCAUUCCCAAUUCUUCCAAACUUUGAAUUGUCUGGUCCUUGGGAGCAAAAAGCUGUUUGUCAUGGGGAUUAUCUGUUAAACAGCCAUGCACAAGAAUACGGCGCUGUAUAAAAUAAUAAAUAUUAAUACAUAUAAUUUAAUAGUGUAUUUUAUAAAAUGGGCUUCUGGUGCUAUGAAAAGUGAUUUGUGAACGUUUUCCUCCUUAUCGUACUAAUUCCUCUUGUUUAUUACCCAACGUACUGGCUGAACCCUGUUGUAAUUUUCCUCUGUAUUAUUUGUAUGACUUCUGUAUGCUGCCAAUAUAUUGUCUUGUGAUUUUGUUUAAUCUUUAUACAUUGGUUCCUUGUUAUAAGUGUUACCAUUCUGUGUUGUCUCCAUGUAAUAGAAAAUCAUCUAUGGCAGAGUAAGUUAACCCAGAGAUAGGCAAUAUGGAACCUUCUGGGUGUUUUGGAAUACAACUCACAAUGUCCUUGCCAUUGACCAUGCUACUUGGGGCUGGUAAGAAUCGACGUCCUGUACAUUUGGGGGUCAACACGCUGUCUCCCGUUGGCCUACCCAGGACUGAGUGAUUAAUUAAUAUGUUACUAUUGUUAAUUCUAUAUCAAAUCAAUCUCAGAUUUAUAGAUAUUCUAAUCCUCAAUAUAAACAUAUAGAUUCAGAAUUUAAAUUGCCCUAACUCUUCCCCUAUGUACUUACAUAGAACUCUGAUUUUCUUUAUAUGCUAAACUCCUAUAAAACAUAUCUUCGUUUCCAAAAACAUGCUUUUGGUAGCAAGUGUAUAUUCCAUUUUAAGGGCAUUAAAAACAAAUGUUAAACAAAUGCAAGUUGACACACCAUGUGUGUUUUUCUACAGGCCCGUCCUGCUUUUACUAUAGCAAUACGUGUUGUACCUAGGAAGGUAUAACAUGUACCCAUUAGUGCAUGUUUAAAUCUCUUAUGCCAAGAAAAGAAGAGUAAAGAGAAGGGUCAAUCCAUUUCUAGCUUAUGACAUGUCAAUGGCAGGCUGUGAUGGACUCUAUUCGGUCUAGCUCAGGGUCAGUCCACCCAAAUAAACUAGACAGGAAACACAACCAGACGAGCUCAUUUUUAUUUUAUUAUAAGGCUACAUUAACAAAAACUUGCAAGUCUGAAAGUACAAAUCUGUCACUUUUAAACAGUCUGAUACAUUAGGGCAGAUUCUUUUUAACUUGCUUUCUUUGCCCGAUAAACGGUUGCAGGCUCUUCCCCUUUUUAUCUGAUCAUUGCUUAGGCAACAUCUCUUCCCCUCGUCUCGCAAAGUCAUUCUUCCAAACAUUUCCUUCAUGAUCCAAAACCACUUAUUAAAAAGUCUUAUUGAACUCUGAGAACCAGUCAUAAGUCUCUUCCUUCGGCAUCAUCAUAACUUUGAACAGUAUUUGAACAAAUGGCCAUAAUUCGAGGACUACUUGUAUUAUAAAAACAUCACCGAAUGAUCUUUAGGUCAUUUCAACAACAAAUUACCAUUGGUAAUUUCAUCGAUUUUCAUCUGAAUAGGAAAACUUUGGGAGAGUUUCAAAUAUGUUAUAUGUGGCAAUCUUUAAGUUGAUUUACCCUGUUGUGAUGAGUAAUGGUUUCAUGUGCCAUUACCCAAAAAAACACCCACUUUUACCCAAAGUGGGGUAAUUUAUUCAGAUUUGGGAAGCACCAGCCUAGUCCAAUAUGACAGAUUUCAUCCAGCUAAAGCAAAUAACAAAGCACAGGCAAUAUGGAGCAAACACGGGCAGUCUAAGGCUUCAGAUGUUGUGUGUAUCUACUCAAAUAAUUGCUUCUGCAGCCCUUUGGACUUUGCAAUCCUAAGAUCCGUGGUACCAUAUAUAGGUAUAAAAACCUGUAAAGCAGUUUUCCAAGGCCCUGCCCACUUUGCAUCAGCACAUUGCCUUCUGUGACUUUUGUGUCACUAAUAAUUAGUUUUGCCAGCAGCCAUCCAAAGAUUAUGCAUUUUUAGUCUAGAACAUAUCUAUAUGGAUGAAUUGACUCCCUCACCGCAAGGAAUUUGGAUGGUAUUGUUUUGGACAGUGCUUGUUUUAGAAUGCUUAGUAUCCUUACAAAACUACAUUUCCCAGGAUUCCAAGUUUAGAGCAGGAGGACUGGCAUAAAGUGCAAAAUAAAUAAAAAUAUCAUUAAUUCCUCAACUUUUUUUAAUAGAAAUUAGUAUUAGUAUCAUUUGGUGGGAAGAAAAGCCAUGACUAUUGAAUUAUAUAUGUAGAAAUCCCUUUAAAUAUGUUUUGCCUUUUUUAUUUAGCUGAUGACACUUUCACACCCCUUCUUUACUGAUGUCGUAAUGCUAUCUCCAUUCUCAUUGG